GAGUUUUGGAAAGUAGGAGUGACAGACAGAUCCUGACAUUCCUCAGCAGCCAAUCCCAGCCUCAGCAGGACAUGAAGGAAACUGACGGCGGUAAAGUGACUGCCCUCCUCAUGAAAUAAGGUUCCACAUAAAGAGAAGCUUCAACUGAUGAAAGAAUGAACACCAGCGGCCACCAGGAAGUUCUUGCAGAAGUCCAAGAGACAGAUUUCGGGGGUCCACCUUUGCAGGAGCAGAAGAGGAUCAUCUACUUCUCCAGUGGAGAAACUCUGGAGCUGGAAGAACCUGGAGAAGAUGAGGCAGAGAAGCGGCAGUCAAAAAGAACCGUCUGCGGAGAUCCAGGAGGGAAGACCAGGAUAUCCUUCAAGAAUGUGGCCAUUCUAGUUGGGAGGAUGUCGCUGCUGGCUUGUGAUUUCCUUGGAGAGAGACUGGCCGGUGCUCUUGGACUGAAUGCAGCCAAAUAUCAAUACGCAAUAGAUCAGUAUCACCGUGAACACAAGGAGAACCAGACGGAGAACAUCCACUUUUCCCCUAAAGUCGAUGGGAGCCAUUAUGGAGCUACAGGAGACGUGAGCCGUCCCUCUGAUGUCCAUCAGAGCUGCGAGGACAGACACAAAGACGACGGGUGUCAGAAUAGAGCUUAUCAGGACGAUGAGGACAAUAAAACUUACAGCUGAUGCAAAAAAACAGAGAAAAACGUAAAACCUGACGUGCAAAGUGACUUUUUUCUGUGCUUUCAUAAUAGCAACUGUUUGUGUCUAAGCAGAGAAAAUAUACAAAAGUGAUCCCAGAAGUAAAAAAAAUAAUUCAGUUACAUCAUUAUUUUAGUUAAAACAAAACAAACAAAACAAAGAAAAACACUAUUUUCUCAGUGUUUUCAUUGCAUUUAAGGAUCAACAGGUAGUUAGGAUCUGCCCCUCCCCAACCUAUUGGGGAGUUCUGCUACUUAGUUUGCACAAAUAGUUACCCAUUCCCUACACUUAUAGAAAAGAAAAAUUUAGCUUUUCCUCUGACAAAAAAAAUCAUGGAUAGUCAUAUUGGAAACCAUCCAUCAAUUUUAGAUAAAACUAAAAUGUUAAAUUCGAAGCUGUGAGCUUACUACCUUUACAGAUGUCAUAAUCUACCAGCUAAUAUCAGCAUAAACAUAAAAUCAUCUACAAAAUGAGUAUUUAAAGUUUUAAUGCAGCUAUUUGUUGUGUAAUGGAAUAAAAGUAACAACUGUAGAGUAAACAGAUUAUUAUAGCUAACUGUAAGAAUAUGUUAUGAGCUACGUUGAUGACAGUACAGAUAUUAGUUGAUUUUCUUUUCAAACAUAAGGAUUUAGAUCAUGAAAUUAAUUAUGUUUUCUCUUGUAUAUCAUACUUUUUUAAAGUCAAUGUUAUCACACCAUGAGAAUGUGAUAGUAAAUGAAAUUGCUGUGAAAAAUACCUGUAGUUGGGAAUAAAUGCAGCUUUGUAUCUAUCUGUUGUACGUGAGCGCCCUCUUGUGGCGCCCAUGGGAAAUGCUCAGGAAUUUUGGGGGAGACAUUAUGGAGAGGAGGCCUCCCUCUACCCAUUAAAUAGAUAGUUUUAUUCUCCCUGUAUUUUCUUUUCUUUUUUGUACAUAGACACAAUAAUUGUAGAAUCUAUUUCGUAUUGUGUGAAUUUUUUAGACCUGAUGGCUUGUAUUACCUCUAAUGAACUGUGAUUAAAUUAACUUGAAGGAAAGUGUUUGCAGUGGAUUUAGUACAGGAAAUAUAAAAGUAAAGAGCCUUAAAAACAAGUGCAAGAAACAGUUUUUAGAUUAGAAAGUAAAAAGCCAUCUGUUGUUCUUGUGCCUUUUUCUCUUUGACUUCACAGCAUUAUGUAGGAUAUUCCUCCAUGUGUUUAAGUGCAUAUAUCUCCUCAUGAGAAAUUAAAUUAUACACUGAGACUUAAAUGUAUAUAUCUCUUUUAAUUAGCUUCUUUAUUCGGCUUUUAUAACAAUUACCUUAUUUAUUUAUUGUCCAU